AGUCAAUGAUAUCCUUAAAUAAAAUGGGGUGAGGUCAAAUGAAUUUGACAUUAUGCCAGAAUUUUCGUACGGUUUUUCGGUAGUGUUUUGUUCAAAUUUAUUGUAAUAAAUAUUUAAUUAGUUAUGAGCAAUAAUAAUGCUAACGAAAUAAACGCUAGGUUGGAAUUGAACAGCAGCACUAUGAUGGACGGUGUUGCUUCCUGUUCGUAUAAUUCAACAAAUGAAUCUUUACAAAGAUUCCAUCAAAAUUCAUCACCACAUAGUAAAAAAGUAAUUAAGCAUGCAUUACGUCAACAAGCAAAACGUCGACGUAAAAAUACAACUAUAGCUUCUGGUGGUAAUAAUACAAAUAAUGUUUUGCCCCGAAUAAUUGUUAAAACUUUACCCCCAAAACCACCGGAGGAUGAUAUAUCAUCGUUAAUGGUAAUGGACGAUAUAUCAUCACCGACUGCAUCCACUAUGAAAGAGGUGUUAGCAUCAAUACCUGGUUUUAGUAUAAAACCACGAAAACGUUCUAAUAAAAAGUUAUCAACAGCAGCUCAAUUAGAACAAACUAAAGAGGGCUGCAUUGAUUUAGAAACACCUGAUUCUAUUUUAGUAAAUACAAAUAUCCGAGCUUUGCUAAAUAAGCAUACAUUCGCAUCGUUGCCUUCUUUGUAUCAGCAUAAAUUAGUUCAAUUACUUCCUAGUGUUGAUCGACCCAAACAAUCAGAUCAUUCAUCAAAAUUAUCAACAUCUGGUUUAAAUAAUGAAUUCUUUGCACGUGCAUGUCUUGAAUGGCGUGAACGUUUAGCUGAAGGUGAAUUUACACCAGAAAAUCAACAAAAAUUAAAAACCGAAGCGGAAAAAGAAAAAAGUAAAUUAGAUCCAUGGAAAUUAAAACAUUUCGAACCCAUAUGGGGUGAUAAAAGUCAAACAAACGAUCAUAUUAUAGUUCCUAAUGGUCCAACACGACCUGCACUCAAGACCACUAUUAAAUUACGACCGUCUACAUCCAUAUGCAAUAAAGUACAAGUAGCGACAAUUAAACAAUCACCAUUAAAACGACAAAAAUUACGUACUGUUGGAGCUGUCACCAGAGCGAUUACAAGUUAUCGAGAGGAAAAUAACACAACAGAUGAUACAUGCAGUUCGCCCAUUCAUAUACUUCCAGUUAAAUCACCGAAAUUUCAUGCGGAAUCAACAAUACCACGACCCGAAAUUGUUUUAUCAACCGUACAUUCGUCUGAUUCCCGUGAAUCCGAUAUUGAAACAGGAAAGGAAGAAGUUGAUCCCUUACAAUUAACGGAUCCGUUAGUUACAGAAGUGCAAGAUGAAUCAUCAGUGAGUGUAUUAUCAACGAUAAACAAUGAUAAACGUUCUCCGUCAAAUAGUCCUUGUCCUAGUGUUGUUACUUGUGAAAAUAUACCCCCUAUUGAUACCGAUAAAAGACAAUCUUCACCUAUCGAGUAUCCACCACAAUCGUGUAGUCCCCCCGUUAUAUUUACUGAUAUAAAAUGUGAUUCAAUUGAGGAUAAUUCAAAUGAUAAAACUUCAAUUACACCUGAUAUUAAAGACAUUAAAGAAUCUGUUGAUUCAAUCAAUGCAUCUAAAGAUCAUUCAAAUGAAUUUAUUGAAGAGUUUACGGAUAUUUUAAAAGAGAAGAUCAAUGUCGACGAUGAUCGAGAAACGAAAGAUAUUGACUUAAAAAUAGAAGAUCAAGAUAGUAAAGAAUCUUCAUUGUUAAUACAACAACAAUCGGAUAUAAGACCUUAUGAAUAUCACUUCGAGAAUUCACAAGAUACAAACGAGGAACAAUCAACGAUUCAACAAUCAUCAUCGGAUAACACAAUACUAGAUAAAUUAAACUCGAAUUCAAACUCGAAUAAUAAUGUAAAUAUCGAUAUAGAUACGAAUCAGACUGAUAACCAUGACAUUAAUAGUGUAAAACAUGAGGAUAUUGCUGGUACAUCAGGUGCACCAGUACCAGGUGGUGUUGGAGAUGAAGAAGACGAUGACGAUGAGCAUUUAAUGAACAACGUCAUUGAAAGUAUACAAAGUGAAUUAAUACAUAAUCCAAAGUUACCUAGCUCAAUAAUAUUACAACAGGAAUCGAUUAUGAUUGAAAAAAAUGAUGAUGACGAUGAAUGUGUUGAAAGUUUUGGGGAACAAACAUUCGAAAAAUUAGAAGCUUCUGUUAAAGAAUCCGAUUUAGUUACAUUCAAUUCAGUGAAUACAACCAUUGAUGAAAAUGAUGAGGCGAAUGAAGAUCGUUUUAUCGAUGCAGAAAAUUAUGUAUUAGAAUCUGGUGCAAUAUCAUCCACAGAUUUACAAGACACAAAUAAUAAAUUUGAAUCAAGUAGUCAACGUGCAACUAUGGAGAUAGAGAAUACACCAAAAAAUGGGAGUAAUGAACAAUUAGAAGCUGAUAAUGAGGAAAUGCAAGCAGCUUUAUUUGCGGCAGCUGUUGCAAGAGGUGAAGAUUGCUGUUGGGACGACGUAGUUGAUUCAAGUACCGAAAAACUGUUGGCUGAUGUACCAUUACACGCUUUAGAUUCAGUAAACGUACCAGUAUCUAUGGAAGUACGUAACGUUGAUGAAGAAGCUACAAACGAUGUUAAAGUGAUACCAAUGCAAGAAGAACUGGAAGUACGUUUAGAAGAAACAUCAUUUCAAGCGGAUUGGCCGUACGUAUUUAAAAUGGAUCCCGAAAUGAUGUCAGUUGCAUUACAAAAUGGUGGCACAACAUCCACAAGUUCUGAUUCAUCAUCAAAUGGACGUAAUAAUUUUAUAACGAAUAUUGAUGGUAAACCAGAAUAUAUCGAUUAUAAACCUUCUGGUAACCAAGUGAAAUUAGAAUUGGAAGUAACGCUAACACCAGAAACAGUAUGUUCAGAGAGUUUAGUGACAAGUACUUUGAAUUCAUCUUCUACAUCCACAUCAUCACAAUCUGUAAAUAAAAACACAGUUGCAACGGUCAUACCUCCAACAACAAUUGUAUGUCUUCCAUCAGUGGUCGCAACAUCAGCAUCAAAUUUUCAAAUGACACAAAUACCAACGACAAAUAUGCAAAGCAUAUCACGAACAACUGCAAUGGUACCAAGUUCUAGUGCAGCUGUACCAUAUUUAACAUUAAGCACUAGUCAACCAAUACGUGCAGUGCCUCAACACAAAACAAAAAGUAAACAAUCAAGUCAAUCCAGUACUGGAAAUGGUGGUAGCUCAAAUCGUAAUCGAAAUGCAUCAAAUAAACCACCACCAGGUGCUGUGAAUCUUGAACGUAGCUAUCAAAUAUGUCAAGCCGUUAUACAAAAUAGUCCGAAUCGUGAUCAAUUACGAUGUCAAUUGAAACCGCCACCAUCAUUGCUAGCGUCUCAACAAUCAAACAAUCAGACGAAUAAUAAAAAAUCAGCAACACAAUACAGUGCUGUAUCAUCGUCACGCAAUUCAAACAAAAUGUUUAAUACACCACAUCAUUUAGGUGGAGCAUCUGGUGCUGCUCCAGGUGGUAAUGUGAAAUCACCUAUAAUGAUAACAAAUCAAAGUGGUAAAGUGUUAAAUAAUGCAAAUAGAGUACGUCAACAAUCACCACCGGUUGUUGUUCGACAUGUGUUUACAUCAAAUCAAGGAAUUCCAGUUACAAUGGCCGUUUUACCUCAAUCGCAAUCAACAGAUAUUGUUGAAAAUUCAGCAUCGGGUCCUUUGGGUCAAUAUAUUUUAGUACAACGUGCUGAUAUAAAUGACACACAAAAUACAACAGCUCCACGUGCAUCAAGUGCUCCACCACAACAGUUGGCAGCAACAAAUUUAAAUGGUUUAACUGCACAAGGACAACAAGUGAUUGGUACUGCAUGUAAUCGUGUUCGUCCAGCCAGUGUUGACAUGGAACAACAUCGUCCACAACAAUUAAUGUUAUAUGGUACAACGCAGCACACGCAACAAUCAUCAGGUCCACAUCCUGGUACUCAGGCAAUUACAAAACGUGAUAAAAUCUAUACGGGCGACAUAAAUAUUGACAAUUAUGCAAUUGUUGGUGAUACAAUAAUGACAGCAACACCAUCCAAUCAAAUUGCAAUACAAAAACAGAAUAUACGUCAAAAUAAUACGACUACUACGAUGAUUGUAUCAACGCGUAACGUUAACGAUACAUCAUCUUCAUCUUGUGCAUGUAAUUUAAAAGCGAUGAUAGUGUGUAAGAAUUGUGGUGCAUUUUGUCAUGAUGACUGUAUUGGACCAUCAAAGCUUUGUGUUACGUGUCUCAUCCGAUAA